AUGAAAAAAAAAAAGAUAGGAAUAUGUAUUUAUCAAUUAUUUAGCAAAUUAAAAUUCUAUAAACAUAUAUGGAUUAAAAUAAAAGAUGUUGUAAAAUGUAUAUUAAAACCAUUUAUUUUAAAAAAAAAGUUUAAUUUUAGAACAUACAGAAAAAGACGCAUUUGCCCUUCUAUGACAUUAGUUUUAGAUUUAGAUGAAACGUUAAUUUAUUGUACUAAAAAAAAAAUAUAUAAUUAUCAAAAGGAAGUUGAUGUUUUAAUUAAUGGAAAAUAUUUAUCUUUAUAUGUUUGUAAACGGCCUUAUAUAGAUUUAUUCUUUUCAAGUCUAUAUCCAUUAUAUGAAAUAAUAAUAUUCACAACUUCAAUUAAAUCAUAUGCUGAUACGGUAUUAAAUAUAAUUGAUAUUGAUCAUUAUAUAGAUAAAAAAUUUUAUAGAGAAGAUUGUUACGAAAUGAAUCAAAAUUAUUAUAUAAAAAAUUUGGUAAAUAUAAAGAAGGAGAUUUCUAAGAUUAUAUUAAUUGAUGAUUCAAAUGCGUCUGGCUUAAAAUAUCCAGAAAAUUUUUUUCCCAUUAAAAAGUGGCAAGGAGAUUUAAAUGAUACAGAAUUACUAGACAUUAUUCCUUUCUUUUUAAAUUUGAGAAAAGUUAAAGAUAUAAGAUCUAUAUGCUCUUUUAGAUUAAAAUCACAAAAAGAAGUAUCCAAAUUAUUAAGUACAUCUUCUGUUAAUGAAAUUAAUUAUUUGCCUGAUGAUAAUUCAAAACCUUUAUAUAGAGAAUCAUUAGCCUUUCAAGCUAUCAAUUAUUUAAAGAUUUUUAUGCAUAGAUUUAGAUAUGCUAGUUCAAAAGAACAAUGGAAUGAAUUAGGAAAAAAAAUUAACAAUAAAUUAAAAUCUUAUCCAUUUUCACUUUCAAAACUUAAAGGGUCAAGUGAUGACGAACAAAAAAAAAAAUAUAGAAAAAAUGUUCAAAGAAAAUUCCAAUAA